UUAUAGUGAUUACGAUAUCAAUACAUAUUACACAUUAAUACUAAUUUUAGUCUUACCUGUUACAGUGUUCUUCUACCUUCUACAGUUUUUAUAAACCAAAACACAAAAUAGAUGAUUUCUACAACCGCUACAUUGUUAUAACACCCGUCACCCAUGUGUCGAAUUGACUAUGACAACUCGAUAUGGAAGCAGACCAUGAAAUACUUCACAGUAUAGAUAAAACUUCCAAGUUGAAGUGUUUGUCACCACAUUCUAAGAAGAAUGGCCGCAAGACAAAUUAUUGUAAGCGGCCCGGGUUGGUUUACAAGAAUCUUAUAAAAAAUCAAAAUGCUGUACAAACCAGUCAAUAUUUUGAAUCGACAUGUAGUGGUCAAUGGAUUCCACCUAGAUCUCCUUAUGCUCUUAUACAGGAAGACUUGUUUCACAAUCCAUGGCAACUGUUGAUUGCUACUAUAUUUUUAACCAAAGUAACUGCAAAACUUGCUAUUCCAAAAAUUCACACAUUUCUACUGAAAUGGCCCACACCAGAAGAUGUGACUAAGGCAGAUCCCCAAGAAUUACUUAGUUCAGUGGAGAAUUUAGGAUUAGAAAAUACUCGUGUUAAAACUAUAAAAAGAUUUACAGCGGAUUUCUUAUUAAAAAAAUGGAAGUACCCGAUAGAGUUGUAUGGAAUUGGCAAGUACGGUAAUGAUUCAUACAGACUUUUUUGUGUGAACGAAUGGAGAAAAGUACAACCUGAUGAUAUACUGUUAUCAAAAUAUAAAGACUGGCUAAUGUUGAAUGAGAAACAACUUGGACUUUAAGAUUCUCAUUAUUUUAAAUUUAAUUUUACUACUAGGUACUACUACUGUGUAUAUUAAAUUAUAAAUGUUUUGUUCUUGAAUUGUUAGUAAUCACUGAAUACUUCUACACAGGUUUUAUAUUUCACAUGUUUUUUGUGUUAUAUUUUUGUCUAUCCAUAAUUUGGUUCUGUGUUAAAAUGUAAUCUUUAGAACAGAAUUUGUGUGGUCAAUGUUAUUUGCAUACCUACAUAGUUUUUAUACUGAUAUAGUUGGAGGUUUAAAAUUAUAAUUUUUAAUAUCCUA